GUGCUUUUUUAAGAAAACAAUAAUUUAUGUAGUUUGGAAAAUAAUAACUUAAUACGAAAGAUGAACCAGCUGUGCAAAGUGUGUGGCGAGCCGGCGGCGGGUUUUCAUUUCGGGGCAUUCACAUGCGAGGGCUGUAAGUCCUUCUUUGGUCGCACUUACAACAACAUUGCGGCAAUCGCAGGCUGCAAGCACAACGGUGACUGUGUGAUCAACAAAAAGAACCGCACGGCCUGCAAGGCGUGCCGCUUGCGGAAGUGCCUCCUUGUGGGGAUGUCUAAGAGCGGAUCCCGCUACGGUCGUCGCUCCAACUGGUUCAAAAUCCAUUGCCUGCUGCAGGAGCAGCAGACUACGACGGGAACUGGAGGAGGGAACGGACCAGGCGGUGGGCCCGGCGGAGUAAGCAGCGCAAGUCUGGAGCAACUGGCGCGUCUGCAGCAGGCGAGCAAUCAGGCGAGGCAAACCUACCAGGACAAAACAAAUCCCUGCAUCAAGUCAGCCACGGCCACUUCUCCGCGGGUGGAUGGGUCUGCCGGCGGGGUGGGAGUAGGCGGGGCAUCUUCGCCGUCUUUUCUGCAGGCGGCGAAGUUUCAUCACCACCAUCAACGCCAGUUGAAACUGGAAUCCCGCCUCAGUAAUACACCAAGCGAUUCGGGGGCCUCGUCGGCAGGUGAUCCCAACGAGGACGGAGCCACGAGCGUGCUGAGUGGUCACACCAACACAACCACCGCCACACCCACCGCCGCUGCCACAAAUCUCCCCCGCCUAGAUCUGAGAAAUACCACCUUUCCGGCAAGCUCGGAACCGGAUGGAGACCUGCAACGCCAGCGCCACCAGGAGCUACUUGAGAUAUUUCGCAGCCACUCAGAACCACUGUACAGCUCCUUUGCCCCUUUCAGCCACCUGCCACCCGUACUCCUGGCCGCCGGCGUUCCUCCGCUGCCCAUUUUCAAGGAUCAGUUCAAGGCGGAGCUCCUGUAUCCGGCCACCAGCAGUCCAGAGCUGGACGAACCCAUUGAUCUAUCUCUGAGAUCGCGUACAGACACCACCAGUCCUCUGGCCGGCGGUUCCAACAGUCCCAGUCUGAGCGAGCCGGCUGCGGGGAGUCACUGCUUGGGGGAAUCCCCGACCUUUGUGCGCAAGACCACGCCCCUGGAUCUCACUCUGGUGAGGUCACAAACCCUGACGGGCUAAGGGUCCAAGGAUGUCUUAUGAUUGCCAGAGAAUUCGUUCGAGUGCCAAAACAAUUUCACGUAC